AUGGCUUCAUCUUUAGAACAUAAUAUGAUCAUCCAUCCUGGACCAAAGGAUUUUUCAUUAUUGUGCUUACAGAAGAUUCACAUGUCUGAACAUAUUUGGGAUGGUGGGGAACAUCCUAUUUUGAAAGUUAGGAAGAGUCAGUUUAUUCCAACUGGUUUGGAUAGUAUUCCACAGGACAUACUUUCACAUUUAGAGCUUGCGGGAUUUACUGGGAUUGCUCACGAUAUAUUCGUAUUGUUAGGUUUACAGAUUAAUGGAAGAUCUGUGAUAGUACUUAUUGGAGGUAAUUAUGCUGAUAUUGUUGAGAGAGUCAAGGGAUUAGACCAUCACGUGAUGCUUUUGUUGGGCUUACAUAUUGCAGUUGAUUGGAGGUUUUGGUUGAGUGAUCACUCCAGCAGUAGAGUGUCAGUGAGGUACUUACCUCUACUAAAGGAUUUCGCUGUUACUGGUAAAUAUAGUUGGGGGUCUGCAGUAUUGGGAGUAUUGUAUAGAGAGCUGUGUAUGACCACUAACAUUGAUCAAUAUGGUUUAGGUGGAUUAGCUACUUUAUUUGUCAUGUGGGCAUGA